CAAAUAGGGAGUUUGCAUUGUGGUAAAAUAAUUGACUGCACUGUCCGUGGUUAAUAGAAUUACACGGAUUAUGUUAGGACAAGUUUACUCUACGCAAACUGUAUUGUCCACCUCUUAGGUGCAGAUCCAUACUCCAAUCCGUGUUUUGCGUCUACCCGUUCCACUCUUCGGAACGUACAGUCGCGCAGCGCUGGCAUUUCCUGCCAUUAGCUAACGCUACUCUUGCCAGCAGCUGUAUGGUAGUUUGUGGGAUGCUGCCAUCUAAAAUAGGACCGCUAUUUUAAUUUUGGCCACAGGACGACUUGCUGCCUUGCUCCGAACUGUGAUAUUUUUUAGAACGAAGAUUCCCUAUUUCAGUGGAACAUUUCGUUCGUAAUUUUGGCGUAAACGUUAUGCCAAACCCACCCACGGACGCUAACAGCUUUCAGGAGGAACACAGAAGUGGGCAAGCAAGCAUGCUUUUAACUGGUGUGGACAUCUUUUAGUCGGUCCAGUGUGUAUGGGCCUCGCUUCCACGUAGUGCUAGAUGUGUUGUUGACAGACAUACAAUAACAACUGGCACUCACAUCUGAACUGGCGUAUUAUUUGGAUGGUUCUACGAGUUAAGUUGCCGUUGCUGUCACACAUUUCCAACGUCAUCCGGGUGGACGUGUUCUUUUGAAUCCAGCAAAGUCGACAACUACGUGGGACAACAGACAGCGAGUUACCGCCACAGUUUCCAUAGCCAUGGCCAAAUACGAGAAGAAGUCGUUUGGAUGAGGCUAAAUAUACGUACUUUCGGGACCAGCAACUAGCUUUUUCUUCACUGUGAGUCAGGACGGAGGAGGAAGAGAUGAAGGAGGAGAGCCUGUUCCGCCGGCGGUUCUCCUUGGCCCCUUCUUCCACGCUCUCGCCGCCAAAGAUCGACCCGCGGGCUCUGACUCGAAACCUGUCGUACGCCGGGGAGCAGGACCUGUAUCCACACAGCCCAGGUACGGACUCUGAGCGUAAUGGCUUGUCCUCCCCCAGUGAUGACUUCAGCCCAGCCCAGAGCCCCAGCAGCCCACCUCCUCAGCUGGAGUCCAGGAUGUUUGGCAGUAGUGAGGUUGAUGGCUCGUCCCCUCCUGAGAAACUGGCCAGGAAGGAGUCACUCAAGGUCCAGAAGCAGAAUUACCGUCAGGAGAAGAAGAGGGCAGCUAAAGAGUUAUCCUCUGCCCUGAAGGACCCCAGUGUCGUCAUCAUGUCCAACUGGCUGAAGCUCCGAGGCUCCCUGAAGAGCUGGACGCGUCUGUGGUUCGUGCUGAAGCCGGGGAUGCUGCUGGUCUUUAAGGGCCCCAGCCUGGAGCACUGGGUGGGCACCGCGCUGCUCAGCUCCCUCAAGCUCAUCGAGAGGCCCUCCAAGAAGGACGGCUUCUGCUUCAAGCUAUACCACCCCCUCGACAAAUCCAUAUGGGCAAUAAAGGGUCCUAAGGGGGAGACGGUGGGCUCCUUCACCCAGCCGUUACCCAGCAGCCACCUCAUCUGCCGAGCCGCCUCCGAGUCAGACGGGCGUGUGUGGAUGGAUGCUCUAGAGUUGGCUCUCAGCUGUUCCAGCCUCUACAAGCUGACGUCUAAAGGCGGCCGAGACGGAGACUUAAGCUCCUCCUCCGACUCCUCCCACAUCCUCAAUCUCCUCCAAUCACCUCUGACCGAGCACGCCCUGCAGCAGCUUGAUGACUCUGUGCUGGAGAGCCACCACAUGGAGAAUGACGGCUUCUCUGACAAAUCAGAGCACGAUGCCCACGAGGACUCGGACGCGGCAGCCAACGAGAACGGAGGACGCGUGACAGAGGAGAGCGACAUGGACCAAUCAGACGAGCUCUCACCGAGCAUGCAGGCCACCACCUACGUGGAGCAGGGACUGGAGGAGAUGGCAGAGGCUGGCGAGGCGUCUCAGGUGGAGACGGUGUCUGACGAGAACAAGUCUCUGAUCUGGACGCUGUUGAAGCAGCUGAGGCCGGGGAUGGACCUGUCUAAAGUGGUGCUGCCCACCUUCAUCCUGGAGCCCCGCUCCUUCCUCGACAAGCUGUCCGACUACUACUACCACGCCGACCUGCUCUCACAGGCGGCGCUGGAGGAGAGUGCGUAUGGUCGGAUAAAGCAGGUGGUUCGAUGGUACCUCUCCGGCUUCUACAAGAAACCAAAGGGUCUGAAGAAGCCGUAUAACCCCAUCCUGGGAGAGACAUUCCGCUGCUGUUGGCUUCACCCAGACACCAACAGCUGCACAUUCUACAUCGCUGAACAGGUGUCGCACCAUCCCCCCAUCUCUGCCUUCUACAUCUCCAAUAAGAAGGACGGAUUCAGCAUCACCGGCAGCAUCCUGGCCAAGUCCAAGUUCUACGGUAACUCGUUGUCGGCCAUACUAGAUGGAAAGGCUAGACUGCUGCUGCUGUCCAGAGACGAGGAAUACGUCAUCACCAUGCCCUACGCACACUGCAAAGGUAUCCUGUAUGGCACCAUGACUCUGGAACUGGGCGGCAAGAUCACAAUCGAGUGCGAGAAAACCAAAUGCUCAGCAGAGCUGGAGUUUAAACUGAAGCCUUUCCUGGGCGGCUCCAGUACUGUAAACCAGAUUUCAGGAAAAAUCUGCGUUGGAGACGAAGUCAUGGCAACAGUGGAGGGCCACUGGGAUGGGGAUGUGUUUAUUGCAGAGAAGCGUAGUGGCCAGAGGGAGGUGCUGUGGAGUCCAAGUCCUGAGGUGCGCAGCAGCCGGCUCAAGAGGCGCACGGUAGCCAUGGACCAGCAGGGGGAGUUCGAGUCAGAGAGGUUAUGGCAGCGCGUGACGGCUGCGAUAGGCGAUCGUGACCAGAACAGGGCGACGCAGGAGAAGUUUGUCCUGGAGGAGGCUCAGAGGACGGAGGCGCGUGAAAGAGGAGAACGACCCUGGAACACACACCUCUUCACCCUCGACACACACACGCAGGAGUGGCAGUACAAACACGCAGAUCCAGAGCCGUGGGACGCCUCCACGUGUCUGCAGCAGUUUGAGAAGGACGGAGUGAUCCAGACCCAACGCAGGCACACCACACACCGACGCAGACACAACGGCUACUACAGAAACACAUGGGCUGGCACACAACAGGCCCAGGUAAACGGUAAGCACCGCAAAGCGAGCAGCCAGAACACGGGCAGCAGUAGCUCCACCCCUGAGCCACCAUUGGAGAGCUCAGACGGAGAGGCGGAGCCAGCGUUCCCUUCUCAUAGCCACGCCCCUUCCUGCACGCGCUGCAGCCAACAGGCCAAGGAGCUCUUGCAGAUAGAGGCCAACAUCGCAUCCAUACACAAGACCCAGCAGGACAUACAGAGGAAUCUAUCGUUUCUGAGUCGUCAGAUGUCUGCGUCUCAGCGGCGUGCGGCGGACGAGAGCUCUCUCCUGAUUGGGCGACACUGGCUCCUCCUCUGCCUGCUUCUCCUCCUCCAGCUCUUCAUCAACUACGUCUACACCUGAACACCGGAACCCAGCCGCAUCUACAGCGGAACCCAACCGCAUCUGAAACGGAUCUCAACCGCAUUUGAAAUGGAACCCAAACGCAUUUGAAGCGGAAUCCACCCACAUCUGAAACGGAACCCAACCACAUCUGAAACGGAACCCAAGCGCAUCUGAAACGCAACUCAACCACAUUAGAAUCAGAACACAACUCCACCGCAUCUGGCACAUGUGCGGCCCCCAUGUCCUGGAGUUAAGAGCUCACGCAACCUCCACACUAGUGCCCAGUGACCAAAACAGCCAACCCUGCCACACACACACACACACACGCACACACGCACGCACGCACGCACACACACACAC